CUCAUGCAUUCCGUAUACAAACCUUGUUUCUCUGUCUGCCACUUCCCUUAAAGGCUGCUCUUCAGCAGCCAUAUCAGUGCCUCAGUGCUUGGCUGUGUUCUCGCUUUACUGGUGUCGCCCUUUUAAUUUUUAUAUCGUACUUCAGGCCUAUUGGUAGCCUGUCUGGAACCAUUAGCUGUACUUUUUCCCCCCUUUUUCCCCCCUUCAUGUCGUAAAAAAAAAAAGAAAUAGCGUGCAGCUGAAGGGUGAACUUCACAGUGAUCAGUGACAGAAAGAGAAGACGUCCAGGUGAAAAGUUUAUGAGAAGACUGAAAUUUACAGCUGGUGGGAUUUUCCAUUUUUCUCCUCUGAAAAUGAAUUUGGAAGAGAAGUGGUGAACCAUUCACUUUGGAGUACCAACUGCCAUAGCAGGCUGAACAGAAUAAAGUCUGGACCAAAGAGCAAUUACACCCCCAAACGAUUUCAGAUGGAGGUGGAUGCAGACGAGAAGCGCCAUCGCACACGCUCCAAAGGUAUCCGAGUGCCCGUGGAACCAGUAAUACAAGAGCUGUUCAGCUGUCCAACACCAGGCUGCGAUGGCAGUGGACACGUCAGUGGCAAAUAUGCAAGACACAGAAGUGUCUACGGCUGUCCUUUGGCAAAGAAAAGAAAAACGCAAGACAAACAGUCCCAGGAGCCAGCAUCGAAGAGGAAGCCAUUUAUAGUGAGAAUGGACAACUCCUCAGUAGAUGAGUGUUACGAGACAGAUGGCACAGAGGAGAUGGAUGAGAAGGAGGAGGAAGAGGAGGAGGAAGACGAGGAAGAGGAAGAAGAGGAAGAAGAGUACUCUGAGGACAACGAGGAGCAAGGCGAGGAGGAGGAAGAGGGACAGGUGGAAAGAGGGGAGGGAGAGGAAGGGGAACAGGAGGAGGAGGAGGAGGAAGAAGAGGAGGAUGAAGAGGAGGAUGACGAGGAGGACGAGGAUGAUGAGGACCAGGCUCACGAGCACGAAGACCAUCAAAGCUAUUCCAAAUCCAACCAAAUGGCAGAGAAAGAUGACAAUAACAAUGACGAGUAUGACAACUAUGAUGAACUGGUGGCCAAAUCUUUGCUGAACCUGGGCAAAAUUGCAGAGGAUGCUGCCUACCGUGCUAUGACGGAGUCUGAAAUGAACAGUAACUCCUCCAACAGCAUGGAGGAGGAGGACGACGAUGAAAACGACAAGAGUGUCAGGAAAGGUGAGCUCAGCUUGGAUGUGGACAGCGAUGUGGUGCGGGAAACCGUGGACUCUCUUAAACUUCUGGCCCAGGGGCAUGGAGUUGUGCUGUCAGAUACCCUGAAUGGCAGGGGUUACCUGGAAGGGGUUGGCGAAAGUAAUAAUAACAGUUGCAGUCGAAAUAGUGGUGCAGGAAUGCAGGGCAAGGCCACCAGCAACGGGCAGGUGGAAGAGAGUGAUGAGGAGGUGUGUCUCAGCAGCUUGGAGUGCCUGAGGAACCAGUGCUUUGAUCUCGCCAGGAAGCUGAGUGAGACACAACCAGCAGAAAAAUCGCAGCAGCCACAGCUGCAGCAGCCAACGUAUGCUGACUGCCAGCAGAACGAGGACGAAAGGUCAGGGAGGACACUGGAGCGCAACUACUCAGACAUGGUCAACCUGAUGAAAAUAGAGGAGCAGCUGAGCCCAAGGUCAAAGACCUUCUCUAGCUGUGUCCAGGAGGAUGGCUGCCAAGACAGGGACGAGGACACAGCUUCGGUGACCUCUGACCGCUCGGAGGAGGUUUUCGACAUGACCAAGGGGAAUCUGUCAUUGUUGGAAAAGGCGAUCGCCCUCGAGUCAGAGCGUGCGAAAGCCAUGAGGGACAAAAUGGCCAUGGACGCGGCCAGGAGAGAUAAUAUAAGAAUGCACGAUGAGCACAGUCCCAGGCAACAUUGUGGGGAUGAGAGGAAAGCCAGACUCCAUGAUGGCAGCAUGAAGAAGCCAUACUACCCUAAAGACUCUUCACGGGCGGAGAAGAAAGAAAGCAAGUGCCCAACGCCGGGAUGUGAUGGGACGGGCCAUGUGACAGGGCUGUACCCCCACCAUCGGAGUUUAUCAGGGUGUCCCCACAAAGACAGGGUACCUCCAGAAAUUCUUGCAAUGUAUGAAAAUGUUCUUAAGUGCCCUACACCUGGCUGCACAGGACGAGGUCAUGUUAAUAGCAACAGGAACUCCCAUAGAAGCCUCUCUGGGUGUCCCAUCGCUGCUGCAGAGAAGUUGGCAAAGGCUCAAGAAAAGCAUCAGACCUGUGAUGGAACAAAAUCCAACCAAGCUUCGGACCGGGUUUUAAGGCCUAUGUGCUUUGUAAAACAGCUGGAAAUUCCACAGUAUGGUUACAAAAAUAAUGUCUCCACAACGACACCUCGUUCUAACCUGGCAAAGGAGUUAGAGAAGUAUUCCAAGACUACCUUUGAUUACAACAGCUAUGACAACCACGUCUACGGGAAACGAGCCAUUGCACCCAAGGUCCAAGGCAGGGAUGGGUCUCCUAAAGGAUAUGAUGCCAAGCGGUACUGUAAAAACUCCAGUUCAGCCAGCAGCACGACAAGCAGCUACGCUCCCAGCAGCAGCAGCAGCAGCAUGAGCUGUGGAGGAGGCAGCAGUGCCAGCAGUACGUGCAGCAAGAGCAGCUUCGACUACACCCACGACAUGGAGGCCGCCCACAUGGCAGCCACUGCAAUCCUCAACCUCUCCACGCGCUGCCGGGAGAUGCCUCAGAACCUCUCCACCAAGCCUCAGGAUCUCUGCUCUGGGAAUCCCGACAUUGAAGUGGACGAAAAUGGAACACUGGAUCUGAGCAUGAACAAGCAGCGCGGACGCGAUGGCAGCUGUGCCAUUUUGACGCCUCUGGAGCCCAUGUCUCCACAGCGACAGGCCAUGAUGAGCAGCAGGUGCUACCAAAUGAAUGAGGCCGACUGCUGGGAUCUACCGGUCGACUACACCAAAAUAAAGCAGAUCGACGAGGAUGAUCCCAAAGAGCCUGAAGAUUUAGAUCCUUUCCAAGAUAUCCUCGAAGACCGGCAGUAUCCCGGAGAGGUCACCAUCCCUAGCCCAAAGCCAAAAUACCCCCAGUGCAAGGAAAGCAAAAAGGACCUGAUAACAUGUCCAACACCAGGGUGUGAUGGAAGUGGUCAUGUGACUGGUAAUUACGCCUCACAUAGAAGUCUGUCUGGCUGUCCUUUAGCUGACAAAAGUAUUCGAAGCAUGAUGGCUACCAACUCUCAAGAACUCAAAUGCCCAACACCUGGAUGUGACGGCUCAGGGCACAUCACUGGAAACUACGCUUCACACAGAAGCUUAUCAGGUUGCCCCAGAGCAAAGAAGAGUGGUAUAAAAAUAGCACAUAGCAAAGAGGACAAAGAGGACCAGGAGCCGAUAAGGUGUCCAGUUCCUGGAUGUGAUGGGCAGGGUCAUGUGACUGGCAAGUACGCGUCUCAUCGCAGUGCUUCAGGCUGCCCCUUAGCUGCCAAGCGACAAAAGGACGGCUACAUGAAUGGGUCCCAGUUCACGUGGAAGUCAGGAAAGACAGAUGGCAUGUCCUGCCCAACACCAGGCUGUGAUGGGUCGGGCCAUGUCAGUGGGAGCUUCCUAACGCAUCGAAGUCUGUCAGGAUGUCCCAGAGCUACAUCAGCGAUGAAGAAAGCCAGGCUGUCUGGAGUCGAAAUGUUAACAAUAAAGCAAAGAGCUAGCAAUGGGAUAGAAAAUGAUGAAGAAAUCAAACAGCUGGAUGAAGAAAUCAAAGAUCUAAAUGAGUCAAAUUCGCAAGUUGAAGCAGAUAUGAUUAAACUCAGAACCCAGAUUACGACAAUGGAGACUAAUCUGAAGUCAAUAGAGGAAGAAAACAAGGUGAUUGAACAGCAAAAUGAAUCUCUCCUGCAUGAGCUGGCCAACCUGAGCCAGUCACUGAUUAACAGUUUAGCUAAUAUCCAGCUCCCACAUAUGAAACCGCCGCAACACAAAGAGGCUCCCAUUAGAAAUAACAGCUGUUUACAGUUGCAUCAGAGAGACCCAAUAAAUGAGCAAAACUUUGAUGCGUACGUCACUACAUUGACAGAUAUGUAUACAAAUCAAGAUCAAUAUCAGAGUCCUGAGAACAAGACCCUCCUGGAAAACAUAAAGCAAGCGGUUCAAGGAAUCCAAGUGUAGACACCCAGCUGAAGAGGGACUUACUCAACAAAGACGAGAAAAAAAAGAAAAAAGGGAUGCCUCGUGUUUUGCUGCUGUAAUUUAUCAGACAGUGUUAAAUAUUUAUUUCUGUUACAAAAAAGUGUUAUGCUUACAAAACUUCAUAAUAAUUUUUUGUCUUGCUUUAAAAAUAGUUAACGGCAGAAUAGUUUUUGAAAACAUUCACAUUUUGUACGUUUUCAUAUGAGCUGACAUAGUGUGAUAUGCCAUGUAAUGUUUAUAGCUGCUAAUGUAUGCACAUUUUUGAGUGUAUAUUUCUGAACAGUAAGCUGAACAAAAUUAGGACAUACGUUCUUUUUAAUGCUUUAGUGACAAAGCAUUUUAGAAUCAAGAGCUGAACUGGACAGUAUAAAAAUGAUCAGAACGAGAAAAAUGUAAAGAGCAACCACUUUUUAAUUAUCUUUUUCCUCAUUGGAGGAUUUUAUGGAAUUUUAAAUGAUGUUUUGUCUGCAGAUUGUUUAAUAGCAAGACUUGGUUGUAAAUUGCUUUAUUUUCUAAUGAUGCUUGAAAAUCUUUGUGUUUUGUUUAAAAUGGUUGGUGGUGGUAGGUGGGGGCAUUUAAAAUGAGGUUAGAAAUGAGUACGAAAAGACACUGACUAGAGAUGUAUGAAUGUUACAGUUUUAUUGUAAACAUCAUGACACGGAAACUUGAUGGUGGAAUUCCCAAUAUCUUGAAAGCACUAUUUUAUGACUUAAAAAAAACAACUUAACAUUCUGUGUUGUUAGCUACCCAUUGUCAUUUAAUCAGACAGAAGGUGGUGUUCAAUUGCAAUAGGAAAUCUAGGAAACAUCUCUUUUAGCAUUAGUAAUGUCAAAACUUUAGUAGCUAGAGUCAGAUAAUGUUUCAGCAAUAUAUGAUGAAGAGUAAAUCACGUAUUUGAUAGAUAUGGGAUGCAAUCUACAUAAACAGUUUGGGUAUAUGCAAUUUCUUAUUUAUAAACAUAGUGGAAAAAUGAAUCUUUUUACUAUAUGUAAAAUAUUAAUUUUUAUAUAAAUCUUUUAAUACAAAAACAUUUAAAAUGAAACAUGGACAUUCAGUUUAAAAAUUAAAGAUGGUAUAUGAGUUUACUUUAUUUAUGUACAAUUUUGCACAGGAACACCUUCGUUUCCAUGUUUUGAUGUUUUUACAUAAACUAAGGCGGUACUUGAGAGCCUAAAAUGAGGAUAUGGGUUUUGUAAAGAAAAAAUAUAUAUAGUUUAUCAGAGCGGGACUUACAGGGUCAUUGUCCCCACAAAUGUGCCAGUAGACUAUUUGCACUUGUCCUAUAGAUAUAUCCUAACAUACGGAGGUGUGCAAUUUCCACAUGUCAAUAGCCAUGUGACAUAGAAUUGGAACAAAUAAUUGCUAAUAGCCGCUGUAGCUAAUUACACAAUAUCACUGAUGGAAAUUACAGGGAAUUAUUUAGGAAAAUAACGUAACAAUAAUAACAAUGGGUAGGAUGAUGACGGAGAUAAUGAUGAUGACGAUGACGAAGAUGAAGAAAAAAUAUUAAAAAAAACAAUCUGUUAUUGGAUUUUGGUAAUACGAGAAAAGAAAAUCCCAGCAGCACUUUAUAUUUAAUCACUGUACAAAAAUUAAAAAAAAAAUGAAAAAAAUAAGAAUCUCCAGUUUUCCCAACAGUCUCUACAGCUGGGAAACAAUUCUGUAAUUACUCUGGGGUACUGCAGUAUCAUCUCUGUGUGGCCCCCACUUUCUGUUGUGCUGUUAGUUGUAGCUACCAUGUUCAGAAUUGCCUUUUUGAGAGCUAACGCAAGGUGCUUGUCGUUCACCUUAUCUCAUAUAUUGUACUUUCCGUCCUCUUUUAGGGCUCCAUUCUACAUGACUGCAUAUGCCUUUUUCCACUGCAUCGUGUCUGCAGCUUUUUGCCAAUAUAGUAAUGCUUUCAGUAGAGUAAUAGCUAGUAUCAGUUUUUGAAUUAAUUAUUGUUAUCAGUACAAUGGAAAGGGAUUUUAAGCACAAAUCUGCUGCUCAUCUACUGUUGGUACAUAAUAUCAAAUCAAAAGAUAUCUGUGACUAUUUACAUAGGGAACACAAAGGUGUCACAUGUUAGAAUGCUGAAUUUUCAUAUGAAUUAUUGUGAAUUCAUCAGAGUUUAUUUAUUCUAACUUAUUCAUUUCUAAGUUAAUUUAAGUAAUCAUUUAUUAAGACAGGAUUUUGUAUAAACUAUUGUGCUCUCUGUGGAACUGAAGUUUAAUUUAUUUUUGUACUACACGGCAUGGAUUUGUUGACAUUUUAAUUUUGCUAUAAAUGUGUGAAAUCACAAGUUGCUGUGAUAAUUCAUUUUUAAAUUGUGAACUUUGUACAAUUUUUGUCAUGCUGGAUGUUGACACAUCUUACUCUGAAUAAAGAAAAAUUGUGUUGCCACAA